ACGUUGUUAUCGUUCUCCAUAUAGGACAAAUGGUGCUUUAUCGAUUUUAAAUCAAACAAUUGAUGAUUUAAUUCAAAUACAUGAUUUUAUUGAUUCAAAAAGAAAAGAAUGGCUUGAACAAUUAAAAAAAAUUAUUGAACAAGCAAGAGAUAAACAAUCAACUAUUCGUCAAACAAUGACUGAACUUCGAGAUAAUUAUGAAAAAGCUCAACGAAAAUUAGAAACAGCUGACGCCAAUUUAAAAAAAUUUCAAAGUCGAUCUGAUCGUUUAACAUUGGCAAAUUUUGAUGAACGUUUACGUGAAUUAGAAGAUAUUCGUACAGAAUGUGAACAAGCUCGAACAUUAUCACGUGAUAUAUAUUCAACAGAAACAUAUAAAGUUUCAAGUGAAGAACAUUCAAUAACAGUUAAACUUUUUUAUCAAUAUUUAUAUGAAGAAAAUCAAUUUUAUAAUGAUGUAUCGAAAUAUUUAUCAUCAAAAAUGCCUGAAAUUGAACAAAGAAUAGAAAAUGAUGAAUUAAUUCCAUUAUUUGGUUAUGAUCUUGUUAAACAUUGUUCAAAAAGAAGCGAAAAUUUAAUAGCUUAUCCUAUUGAAAUAUGUAUUAGACUUUUAGAAAAUAGUUUAAAUGAAGAAGGUCUUUUUCGUAUUGCACCAUCACAUGGUAAACAAAAAAAAUUAGUUUCAGAAAUUAAUUUACAAAUUAUUGAUAAAGCAUCAACAUUAAGUGAACUUAAUUAUGAUCCACAUGUUCCUGCAAGUACACUUAAACAAUAUUUAAGAGAACUUCCGGAUUGUUUACUUACAAAUGCACUUUUAUCACAAUGGAAUGAUGUUAUUUCAAUCAGGUUUUUUACUUUUUUUUCUUUUUUUCAUUCAAUAAUCACAAACAUAUUUUCUUUUAUUUAAAUAUAAACAAAAAUUAGUCGAAACAUUUACAGUGGUUUCAAAAAAAAACUUAAAACAAACAUUUGUCUUAUAUUAUCGCCUGAGUUAAUCGUCUUGAAAAAAAUGUUUCCUUAUUUCAUAUGCAAUAGUUCAUAGUUUAACAAUAUCCCGUUCACUAUUGUCUUUUCUCUUCUUUUACUUCAAAAACUUAAUUAUAUCUUUUUUUUUUAUGCGAUUUGCCAAACUA